CAAAGAGGAGGGAGAGAGAGACUUCAUCACUGACUACAGAUCUGAGGACAAACUCAUCUGAAGAACCUCUCACACCAAUGGAAAGAGGUGACUGUGAUCUCCUCAGACCAAUUGGCAGAACAGCCCAGUUCUGGAAUCACAAGCAGGAUGAUUGAUUCUGCACAUUCUAUGGGAAGGCGUGAGGGAAUUUCUCAUCUGACGAAAAGACGACUAGGACCCGCCCAGACCAUACCUUGACUGUGAACUGCCCGGGAGGAGACAUAUCAUAAGUGAACAAUAGAGGGACACAUCUACUAACUUUUCAAACAGGUUGUCCCUGCAAGGAACGGAGGAAGACAUUGUAGAGAAUUGAGUCCCCCUUAAUAGUAUUCUUAAGACUCGUUUCCGACGGGUGAAGGCGUCUUUGCCGAACCUAGCAGGUGGAGCCGAACACUGUUUGAACCCAGGUGACUUCAGAAGAAAGAGUUGGAUCGACCCCCGUCGAUAUCAAGUUCUUCAAGAAGUUCUUCAAGCGGUGAAGGUUGCUGAGAGAGAUACCUAGAUCCACGUGUCACACUGCAGACGAGUUCCUGAUCCAGGAGAAGAUGAGGCCUCACCAGUCCCGGCGGUGCCGUGCGGCCCUCUUCUGCAUUAGCACAGGAAUGCUAAUAGGAACAGUAGGCUGUCUUCUUGUAGGAAACCCGACAGAGGGUCAAAUGAGUCCUGAGCCAAAGGGGCAAACACAGGCCUGGAAUAGUGGCCCAGAAGUAGAUGGUCACCGUAGAAGGAGAGCCCUGCUUGGCCCUCACAACCAUGAGGACAAUUUGUUCUUAUCUAGAGCACAAAUGGUUGCCAACCUGACAUCCAAAGGAAAGGACUGUUGGGUGUGUGGGUUGAGUCCAGUGAAGGUAGGGGCAGGCUUCCCCCUUGUAGGAGUCCCGAUAGGGGUGAACUUUACUAUAGCAUUGGCAGGAAAAAUACCUUUUUACACUAUGACCAACAAUGUUAAGGUAUAUAAUCAACCCAAUAUAUUCUGUUAUGUGAGACCUGAUAAUGUUUCACUCCCACCCAUUUCAGUGGCUGGGGUGACGACUGCCCCUUGGUGUAUUAGAGGAUAUGGAGAUCACUAUUUGGGGGAAUUUAAAUGUAAUUGUACAAUGAAUAUUAAUGGAUCAAAUGUUUGCAAUUUAAAGGUGAUACAGGAGAAUGGUCAGGUUGCUAAGGAACCGUUUACAAUUUGGUCUGACAAACAUAGAACAACUCUGAGAGGAGCCCCUAAUGGCACCUACUGGUUGUGUGGUAAGAUGGCUUACCAUAGCCUUCCCCUGAACUGGGGAGGUACUUGUACUGUUGGGUUUGUGGUGACAGCAAUGAGAACCGUUCCAAACAAUGACCAGAAUCUGAAGGCUCUCUUUAGAGACUACAAACCUCCUGGGAUGAGGAGAGAUAAGAGGUCUCUGGCUGACGUCACUCACACUCAGGCACCUGCCUCCAGGUUCUUUGACGGGUUUUUCCCUGGGUAUGGAGUUGCAGGUGCCCAAGACCAAAUUCGUGAUAUCUCUAGACACGUAGAGAAAAUUGGCAAUGCUACUCGAAAUGCCCUGAAACAAUUGAAUGGGGAACUAAAAGAAUUGGCUGAAAUGACUCUUCAGAACAGAGAGGCUCUUGACUAUCUUUUGGCAGUUCAAGGGGGCACUUGUGCAAUCAUUGGCGAUGAAUGUUGUACUUUUGUCCCAGGUCGCUCUUCUAAUGUGACUGAUCUUGCCCAAUACAUUGCCACUGUUGCUAAAAAUAAUUCCCCACAACUAGAGCGGACGCAUGCAACUUGGUUGGAAUCCCUGUUGGGAAGUUGGGGAUCUCAUAUUGACCAAUGGGCUGCAGCGUGUGUUUUUUGCUUAGUCUGCAUAAUUGUAUUAUUAACAUGCCAUAAGGCUAUCUAACAGGUUGUAAGGCUAUCUAACAGGCCGUAAGGCUAUCUAACAGGCUGUAAGGCUGUCUAACAGGGCGUAAGGCUGUCUAACAGGCCGUAAGGCUAUCUAACAGGCCGUAAGGCUAUCUAACAGGCUGUACGGCUAUCUAACAGGCCGUACGGCUAUCUAACAGGCCGUACGGCUAUCUAACAGGCCGUACGGCUAUCUAACAGGCCGUAAGGCUAUCUAACAGGCCGUAAGGCUAUCUAACAGGCCGUAAGGCUAUCUAACAGGCCGUAAGUAAGGCUAUCUAACAGGCCGUAAGGCUAUCCAACAUGCUGUAAGGCUAUCUAACAGGCUGUAAGGCUAUCUAACAGGCUGUAAGGCUAUCCAACAGGCUGUAAGGCUAUCCAACAGGCAUAAUGCUAUCUAACAGGCUGUACGGCUAUCUAACAUGCUGUAAGGCUAUCCAACAGGCCGUACGGCUAUCUAACAGGCUGUAAGGCUAUCUAACAGGCUGUAAGGCUAUCUAACAGGCUGUAAGGCUAUCUGACAGGCUGUAAGUCUAUCUAACAGGCUGUACGGCUAUCUAACAUGCUGUAAGGCUAUCCAACAGGCCGUACGGCUAUCUAACAGGCCGUACGGCUAUCUAACAGGCCGUACGGCUAUCUAACAGGCCGUAAGGCUAUCUAACAGGCCGUAAGGCUAUCUAACAGGCCGUAAGGCUAUCUAACAGGCCGUAAGUAAGGCUAUCUAACAGGCCGUAAGGCUAUCCAACAUGCUGUAAGGCUAUCUAACAGGCUGUAAGGCUAUCUAACAGGCUGUAAGGCUAUCCAACAGGCUGUAAGGCUAUCCAACAGGCAUAAUGCUAUCUAACAGGCUGUACGGCUAUCUAACAUGCUGUAAGGCUAUCCAACAGGCCGUACGGCUAUCUAACAGGCUGUAAGGCUAUCUAACAGGCUGUAAGGCUAUCUAACAGGCUGUAAGGCUAUCUAACAGGCUGUAAGGCUAUCUGAGAGGCUGUAAGUCUAUCUAACAGGCUGUACGGCUAUCUAACAUGCUGUAAGGCUAUCCAACAGGCCGUACGGCUAUCUAACAGGCUGUAAGGCUAUCUAACAGGCUGUAAGGCUAUCUAACAGGCUGUAAGGCUAUCUAACAGGCUGUAAGGCUAUCUGACAGGCUGUAAGUCUAUCUAACAGGCUGUACGGCUAUCUAACAGGCUGUAAGGCUAUCUAACAGGCUGUAAGGCUAUCUAACAGGCUGUACGGCUAUCUAACAGGCUGUAAGGCUAUCUGACAGGCUGUAAGGCUAUUCUCCCUGUCUAAUACGGUCUCAGCAGCACUCGUGUUUAAUGCUCUUCAAGAGGAUGGUGCCGAUGCUGGUUGAGCUUCCCUUUCCCACUGUAGAUUGAGACGAUGAGUAAUAACUGAAGGUUGUUUUUGUUUGACAAGUUUAGAAGGUUUAAAGUUGAUCUAUAUUAACACCAUUGUGGUAAGGGCUAUGGAAACAAUGGGUAAACAUUUGAGCUACAAAUCCCUUGUGUGUGUAUUUUUUGAUAGAUUCACUCUCGUUGAUAAAAGUAUAACCUUGACUGUAGAUUUUAGGUUUAUUAUGAUGAUAGUAUUUCCGUAUAAUGAACUUGUGUAAUGAAGCAUGUGUGUAAGUGUAUGUAGCAUGUGUGUAAGUGUAUGUAGCAUGUGUGUAAGUGUAUGUAGCAUGUGUGUAAGUGUGAUGAAGCAUGUUUGUAAGUGUAUGAAGCAUGUGUGUAAGUGUGAUGAAGCAUGUGUGUAAGUGUGAUGAAGCGAAGCUCUUAAUUUAAACCGUUCUACUGCCAUGGCUUUACAAGUGUUACACUUAUGGAAUACGGAUAGGUUAUAAUUUCGAUUGUACAACCCAGAAUGAAGGGUUUGAAGGGAUAAAGUGGCGUUUUAUGAGUUGAUUUCAGUGUUUUUGAUAGGACCUCCUUUGAUAGUUUAAGCCUUUAAUCUAACGCUCACCUUAACAUUUUACAAUAGUUAUCACAGAGUGAUAAGAGAAGAUGUGGUGGGAAAUGUUGUUGUCUGAAGAGAUAGCCUUGCAUAUUGUACAUCUUGGUCUUGGUCUACUACACCUGUUGUAAUUCAGCAUUUCACUGUA